GGUGACUUUUCAACGUGUUGUCCACCCUAAUUUAGAAGUGGGUAUUGUUGACUUAAAUCUGGAGGACGACACUUGUUCAGAUUCUCCCUACCUCCUCGUCGCUUUCCUCCCAUUUUUUCGUAGAAUCUUGAACUGCUCAAUCAUCUCCCCUCAACCUCGAACUGUAGACUCCAACGAUGGGUUUCCCACAAAUUUGCUCUACUCUGUGGAAGGCUUCCUUGUUGCUGCUGUAGAUGUGUACCUCGUUGCAGCUUCAGCUCCUAUUGUAGAUUGCUAGGGUUUGGAGCGUAAUGCAGUUAUGGGAGCCAGGGUUGUAGUUGGAUAUGGUGGAGUGGGUAGGCUUAGCAUCUGUGAUCGUCAAAGCGCUCACUGCAAACCAGGUUCGUCAGGGUUUGGGAUGUAAUCUGGUCUGGGUACCGGUGAUUACGUCUCGGCCAUGGGCCUUGAGGAUGGAUCGCACGCAGCUUUACGGCCUUGCGGAUGGGGUUCUGAAUGGGUGUUCAAAAGCUUCUACUCAAGCAUUUGGAAAUCGUUGUAUUAGACGAGUAUUCGAUUUGGACACAUUCUACCCUGAAAUGUGCGUUUAAUUGGCCCACUUCAUUUUCAAGCGACCUACAUUUAUCGCUGCUUGUUGUGUCGAAUUGGUGGUGGAUGUCUUUGUGGAGAUAGUUCGAACAAGGAGACCUAAAUCUGCAAGUCUCACACUCCAAAUAUGGGGAAAAGAAAACUAGACAGUGUAUUGGAUGGGGAGUCCGAUGAGAGAGACAGAAGUCUGAAGACGCCUGAAGGGGGUGCCAGCGAUGAAGAAUUUGUUGUGGAGGUUAAGGUCGUUGGGGAGAUUACGAAAAAAACAGGAGGAAAGUUAAAAGGUGAUAAAGGAAGAAAAACGUAUCAGGCCUUUGAAGUGGAUGGCAACCGCUACGAAGUUGAUGAUCCCGUACUUGUUACGCCUGAGAGACCCAGCCAAAAGCCUUAUGUUGCUAUCAUUAAGAAAAUUAUGCAGGCGAAAGAUGGAACGGUUCAAGUUGAAGGUCAGUGGUUCUACAGGCCUGAGGAGGCCGAAAAGAAAGGAGGGGGUACGUGGGCAUCAUCCGAUUCAAGGGAGUUGUUCUACAGCUUCCACAUUGAUGAAGUACCAGCUGAGUCUGUCAUGCACAAAUGUCAAGUUCAUUUCAUACCUCCGAACAAGCAACUACCCCAACGACACAAACAUCCAGGCUUCAUUGUCCGUCGGGUUUAUGAUGCGUGUGAAAAAAAACUUUUUAAUCUAACUGAUAAAGACUAUGAGGACCCCAUGCAACUGGAGAUUGAUCUUCUUGUUCAGAAAACACGGGAUGCUCUUGGGGAUUUGCCUGACAUAGACGGUUAUGAGCAUAUGGCUCCCGCAGAGGAGAAGCCUGCUCUAGACUUGAAAAUCAAGAGGAAGGUGCCUGAGAAGAGGACAGUUGCACCAUUGAAUCUAAAGAGUGAAGAGUUUAGUGUCAAUGAACCAAAAAUCCAAGGUGAGACUCCAAGUAACAAAGUUGACGCUGCGAGAGUCGAAACUCCUAUCAGUGCUGUGGGCACUGACAUGGAGGUUUCUACCUUAUUGAAGAUUCAUGGUGUAUCAUUGAGUGUACAUGCGCGAGACCGCUGGCUGGAGAAACUAAUGCAGACCAUACGAGAUCUCUGUGGGGGUAGCAAAGGUUUUCAUGUGAAGGGUGGAGGAGAAGAUAGUACAAUCAAAGAUGAUGGUGAUCCAAGUAAAGGGCGUGGUGUAGCUGAUGCCGAAGGGGGCAAGCAAGGUUUAGGAAAGCGUAAAAGCUUCUUGGGAGAGGGUAGCCUUGCUUGGCCUGAGGUUGCCCCUGCAGCUGUUGAAGUAGUCAGUGCACUAGAGAGGCUGAGCUAUGAUUCCCUUGGCAACGAUUUACACAAGUACAAUCUCAAGAUGCGUCAAUUGGACUUCAACGUAAAGAAAAACAAAGUUUUGGCGCGUCGUCUUCUCAACAAGGAAUUAGAACCCGCUGAAGUCAUAAACAUGUCUCCUGCUGAAUUGAAGGAUGGGUAUAUAGCAGCUGAGAGGGAAGAUCAAGAACGUACUGAGCCAGAGACUAUGCAGAUGGCAGAUGUUAGGUGUUCGAUAUGCACCGAACGAGAAGUACGUGUCAUUGACAUUAUCCAUGUCGGGUUUGGUGACCGCUACCAGAUUUGUUUUGGUAAAAAUGUGCAGCUGGAAUGUUUGAAGUGUGGCACAACGUGGUACUCAUCAAGGGAUGCCAUUUCCUCACUGGUAAUUCAACCCACACCGGCUCCCCCAAAUGUCGGUAUAGCUCCACCGGCCACCUCCAAAUUUGAUGAAGUAGAAAAGGACAUUCAAGCAGGCCUUGCCAUAGACACUGACAAUUCAGCGCCUUCAGCUACUAGCGUAGAAACCAAGACACCUACAGACACAAAAACCUCCACUGUCCCGUCUGCUACCAAUCAUUAUACUCAAGUUAUGAACGCUCUCCACGAACACUUGCCUAUUGCAAACCCAAUUGCUGAAGAUCUUGUGAAUACCAAACCUCAACAAGAUGUGGGUAUCGAGGAAGAACCCGCACUGGCAGCUAAAAAUACCAUAGAGACGAGUUCUGAAAACUUUAAGAUGAAGUCAUCACCUCCAGAGGUGGCUACCAGCCCUAGAUGCGAGCUAGAGAUUCCUCACGUGGACGGCGUACGUGAGAAUUUUCUACCAGAAAAGAUUCCCUACCUUUAGAAUCUUCGGCUUAACUUUGAAGGGGCCUGGUUGAGCUGCUUUUAUGAGGCUCAUUUUGGAGGUUACCGAUCUUGACACAGGAAGAGACAAGGUUGUAUCAUAUUUGAGGCUAGAUACAUUACACUCGACUACAUAGAAUCGUAUAGUAGAUGGCUUACAUGUUUAAUUUUUUACUAUUGGGAAUUUUAACUGCAUAUUCCUGACUUCAGUUGCAAUCUUUUCAUGGUGUAAACUGCUGCGCUACAGGCUGCACUACAGCAUAUUGUAGAGGAUUUUUUUUUUGUGGAUACCUUGUGUGUGUCAAGCAAUAAGACAAUUGGCUUUUCCCAA